AAACCAACCAUGCUACUUGGUGAUUUUUAACUUAUUUUCACAAAGACUUGGGGGCUUUAUUAAGCGAUAGCUAACUUUUCCUUUGUCUUUUCUCCAUCAAAGUAUUUCACAUUCUUUUCAGUCGGUGUCUUAACGAGAAUUCAACCUAAGGCGAUCCGAAAUAUCCUGCCUGUAGGCCUACAUGUGCAGAGGUAGGCCUUCAAAGGUUGCCCAACCCCAAACGUUUUCCCCGUUUUUCUAUUCUCUGUUCAAAUAAGGUAAAGGUAUCUCACUUUCAUCUGAAUUGUGAAGUUACUCUGACUUAGUGCCGAGGAAUAUUGUGGCUAUGACGGAGCAGUGGAUCAAUAGACAGUAAUAUUCCGUGCUGGUAUGAAAACGAGGCCGCUGCUUGGUGAUUGUAUGGGAACAAAGGAAAUGCGUCUGAUCUAUAAAUAGCUUGCUUAUGUCACUGGGAUUCCCAUGUAGACGGCAUAUAAGGACGGAACAGUAGGCCUAUACAGUAAAACAUUGACAGGAAAAGAUCUCAGGUUGGACAACGCGUCGUCUGUUGACAGGUGUUUCCUAACAUUUAAACCAAUUUAAAAUGAAGACCUUUGACCUUCCAACCACGUAUGCCAACAACACGAUGAUUGUAAAGGCCGCGACAAUAUUUAUACCAACACUAUUAGGUUUGGCCUCCCUUGGGAUUUUGUUUUUGAGACGAAGGAAAAAUCAGAACGGUUGGCUCAGUCGCAAAUCCGUGCCUCUAAAUGAUAAGAGUAAUUUCUUCCGCCUGACCCGUCUUCUAUUAGACUUUGGUGGCAAUGUGCUGCGCGAUUUCUUGUCCCGCGAAAUGCAGAAGAAAUACCCAAAUGAUUUUGACCCCACAUCUGGUAAUAUGCGAGGAGUGCUGACAAAGGUGCAAAGCAUUUUGUGCAAUAUGCCGAAAAAGAUAUUUAACGACUCUCAACGAGAUUUCUGCUAUCCUGGGGGCACUCCAGCCACAAAUGUGUUCUUGGAUGAUAUAGACAUAACAUUGGCAGGGGUUUUGUUGAGAAAUAUUACCACAUUGUCGCCAAACUCGUCAAAAUGGUCAAAACCAUCUGCGACAGAUACAGACCCUAUUGCUCUUCUUAGCAGAUUUAGAACGUAUAGAAAUAUAUUCCACGGACAUGCUUCAAACGCAGCCAUUGAAACCACACCGUUUCUGAAACUUUUCCAUGAGAUAAAAGAUUUGCUCCUUGGCCUCUCGACGGUUUACUCCAAGGCAGACUACCUAUCACUCCUUGAAGAACCCUUGGAUUCGAAUCUGGUCGCCAAAAACUCUGAGCUCUUCGAAAGAUGGAUUCAUGUUCAGAAUAUGCCAAUCGAGGAAGUUGAGCAUAGGUUGUCCGACAGAAUUGUGAAGGAACUGAGGUAUCUCCGUGAGACAACCAACAAUGGUUUUGAGAGGAUGUCACAGUUGCUAAAUGGCGCUGGUAACCAUUUACUUCCCCAAAAUUCGAUUCAAGCUGGAGGGGUUCCAAAAACUGAAGAAACCCCUACCUCCAGAGAUGUUCCAACAACUGGAGAAACCCCCACGGCCGGAGAUGUUCCAACAACAGGAGAAACCCCCGCUACAGGAGAUGUCCCAACAAGUGGAGAAACCCCCACCACCGGAGAUGUUCCAACAACAGGAGAAACCCCAACCACCGGAGAUGUUCCAACAAAUGGAGAAACCCCCGCUACCGGAGGUGUUCAAACAACUGGAGAAACCCCCACCACCGGUGUUGUUCCAACAACUGGAGAAACGCCCACCAUCAAAGAUUUGUCAACUGAAAAUCACACUAACAUAGAGGUUAAAGCAACCGAAGAAAAACCCAGUGCCCGAGUCAUCCCUACAAAUUCAACGACUGAAGUUAUCUAUAAGAGAGAAAAAUAUUCUCCAGCUGAGUCAUCGCCUUUUUUCCGCGCCAUUGAGGUUUUACACACGGAUAAUGUAAUGAAAGGUUAGGCUUGAUAAGGGAUAAAAUAUGAUCCAACAGAAUCCAACUUGAGAUAUUUUGUGUGUUUUUAUCCAACUGAUGUAUACAUACUAAUACUCGAAGUACAUGUACCUCAUUUAAGAGCGUACAAUAUUAUACGACGGUGUAAAGAAAAUGAUUGAGUUUUUGUAUUUAACAGUGUCUA